UCCACUCUCUCUCUCGAAUUCACACCAGAAAAAAAAUGGAUGAAGGAGUAGGAGGAGAAGAGUACCUUUUCAAAAUUGUGGUUAUCGGUGACUCUGCCGUCGGCAAAUCUAAUCUCUUGUCUCGGUUCGCUAGAGACGAGUUUGAUCUGCACUCCAAGGCCACAAUUGGUGUCGAAUUUCAGACACAGGUGGUCGAUAUCGAAGGCAAGGAGGUUAAAGCACAAGUUUGGGAUACCGCCGGUCAAGAGCGGUUUCGUGCCGUCACCUCCGCCUACUACCGCGGCGCCGUCGGUGCACUCAUUGUUUAUGACAUCAGUCGUCGUACUACUUUUGACAGUAUUAAGCGGUGGCUUGAUGAACUCAAUACUCAUUGCGAUACAACAACGGCAAGAAUGCUGGUAGGGAACAAGAGUGAUUUGGAGAAUAUUAGGGACGUGAGCGUUGAAGAGGGUAAACGACUUGCAGAAGAGGAAGGGCUUUUUUUCAUCGAGACAUCCGCACUUGAUUCCACAAAUGUCAAAACGGCUUUUCAGAUUGUCAUUCGUGCUAUUUACGACAAUUAUAAAAGGAAGGUUCUAAACUCUGAUUCCUACAAGGCUGAAUUGUCUUCUAACCGUGUUAGCCUUAUCAACGGCUCUACAAACCGUAGUUCAUGUUGUUCGCGUUGAGUCAAGUUAGUUUUUUGCACCAAUGAGCGAAGCUUGUUAAUUUUUUCCUUCUUUUGGCUGUUUUUAAGGUACCAAAUGGUGUACUCUUUGCGUUUCCAAAUCAUAUAAACACGUGUUUCUUUCAUCUCA